CUUAGUGUGAUAUGAGCGUGCCACCAUGAAGAGAACCCUGGAGGCUAGGAGCCUGGGACACUGUUUAUGUUGGCUGCAGCUUGUUUGUUCCAGCAUCGCUGAUCUGAGGUCACGUUCUGUGCUUUGCCUGCAGCGUAGGAAACAACAGAGACAGAAAAUAAAUAAGAUAAAAAUACCUAGCUGUCGCCUAUCAAGCUCCGGGAUGUUAAUUGAACCAGAAGGAGAGGGAGGCUUCUCACCAAGGAAUAGAAGGCAGAAAAAUGUGACAGUUUCUCCAUGAUGGACCAGGUGGUCUGGGAUUUCAUAGAUCCAGAGUUUGCGCCCAUGGUAGAUCAUCCUACUCCUCUUGGCAGUGAUGGGACAGCGGGCUGGAGAAGAUCUGUCGAACCUAUGCUGGAAUGCAACAUACAAAAAUGAAGUUACUGGUUCAGAAUAAACAUUUGACCUUACAACACCACAAAAUAUAUGGUAGUAGCUCUGCUGGCAACAACCAGAAUGAAUCUCUUCUGUAUUUUAACUAAAACAUUUCCAUGCGACCUUUCAUCAAAUCAGGUUCCAGUGCUGUCUAAAACCACGCAGGGGGCGCUACGCCAGAAGGUCAUCCACGAGGUGAAGAGCCACAAGUUCACCGCCCGCUUCUUCAAGCAACCCACCUUCUGCAGCCACUGCACAGACUUCAUCUGGGGCAUUGGAAAGCAAGGGCUGCAGUGCUUAGUGUGCAGCUUUGUUGUACACAAGCGGUGCCACGAAUUUGUCACUUUCGAGUGUCCUGGAGCUGGGAAAGGGCCCCAAACAGACGAUCCCCGGAACAAACAUAAGUUCAAAAUCCAUAGCUACAGCAGCCCAACCUUCUGUGAUCACUGCGGCUCUCUCCUGUACGGGCUGGUGCACCAGGGGAUGAAAUGCACCUGCUGUGAGAUGAACGUCCACAAACGCUGUGUCCAUUGUGUGCCCAGCCUGUGCGGUGUGGACCAUACAGAACGCCGGGGGCGCCUGAAACUCCACAUUGAAACGUUUGGGAGUGAUGAAAUUCGUGUGACUGUUGGAGAAGCGCUUAACUUGAUCCCGAUGGAUCCCAAUGGUCUCUCGGAUCCCUACGUGAAACUCAAGCUGAUCCCUGACCCUAAGAACCUAACGAAGCAAAAGACCCGGACAGUUAGAUCCACCCUCAAUCCAGUGUGGAACGAAACAUUCAUUUUUACCCUGCAGCCGGGUGACUUGGAGCGGCGUCUCUCCAUUGAGGUGUGGGACUGGGACCGGACCACCCGCAAUGAUUUCAUGGGAGCCAUGUCCUUUGGGGUCUCCGAGCUUUUCAAGGGCCCUGUGGAAGGCUGGUACAAAUUGCUCAAUCAGGAGGAGGGCGAAUAUUAUAGUGUCCCUGUGGCUGAUGCAGAAAACUGUGGGCUGCUGCAGAAAUUUGAGGCUUGCAACUUCCCCCUGGAACUCUACGAGAAGGUUCGUCAUGGCCCCAUCUCGUCGCCAUCCCCAAGCCCCACGGACUCCAAGCGGGGUGGAUUCUUUGGCAUUAACCGCUUCCACAUCUCCGACUUCAACUUUCUCAUGGUGCUGGGAAAAGGCAGUUUUGGGAAGGUGAUGCUGGCAGAGCGCCGUGGAACCGAUGAGCUGUUUGCCAUCAAAAUCCUCAAGAAGGAUGUGAUCAUUCAGGAUGAUGAUGUUGAAUGCACCAUGGUAGAAAAGCGUGUCUUGGCCAUGGGGGAGCGUCCCCAUUUCCUAACACAGCUGCACUCUACCUUCCAAACUGCGGAUCGGCUCUAUUUUGUUAUGGAAUAUGUCAAUGGAGGAGACUUGAUGUAUCAUAUCCAGCAGGUUGGGAAAUUCAAGGAACCACAUGCUAUGUUUUAUGCAGCAGAAAUUGCAAUCGGUCUGUUCUUUUUGCAUAAUAAGGGGAUUAUUUACAGGGAUUUGAAGCUGGAUAAUGUAAUGUUGGAUGCGGAUGGUCAUAUUAAGAUCACAGAUUUUGGAAUGUGUAAAGAAAACAUUUUUCCUGGAGUCACCACCCGGACCUUUUGUGGAACACCUGACUACAUCGCUCCAGAGAUUAUUGCCUAUCAGCCAUAUGGGAAAUCUGUGGACUGGUGGUCCUUUGGGGUCCUUCUGUACGAAAUGUUAGCUGGGCAGCCACCAUUUGAUGGAGAGGAUGAAGACGAACUCUUUCAGUCGAUCAUGGAGCACACAGUGUCCUAUCCCAAAUCUCUUUCACGAGAGGCUGUCUCCAUCUGCAAGGGGUUUUUGACCAAACAUCCACUGAAGCGCCUCGGCUCGGGGCCAGAUGGGGAGCGAGAUAUUCGGGAGCACGGCUUCUUCCGCUGGAUGGAAUGGGAGAGGCUAGAGCGGCUGGAAAUCCCCCCACCCUUCAUCCCCAGGCCAUGUGGCCGGAAUGGCGAAAACUUUGACAAGUUUUUCACACGGGCACCACCAGCGCUGACGCCUCCAGACCAGCUGGUCCUGGCAAGCAUCGAUCAGAGUGAAUUCCAGGGGUUCACCUACAUCAACCCUGAAUUUGUGCAUCCAUCCACACUGCGGCGAGGAAGUCUCUCCCCAACCAGCCUGCCCCUCUCCCCAACCGGCAUGCCCCUCUCCCCAACAGGGAUGCCCCUCUCCCCAUCAGGAAUGAUCCCUUCUCCCACCUCCUUAGUGUGAGACUGACCCUCGAUGACCUUUGACCCUAACAUCCCUAAGUCAAGCGUUGCCUGUAGAACUCCACUCCUGAGAGCAUGGCUCCAGCUCAAAACCCAGCCCUAACCCUCAGCCUCAGCCUGACCUUAUGAUCCCCCCAAAUAUUCUCUUAAUUGCCUCCCGGAUCCGGUGUGUGGCUUCCCUCUCUUACCUCCUCUGGGUAAAACCAAAUUGAUGAGGUCCAGAAUGAGAGCGUGCACACAUUAAGUAUAUCUGUAUCUACAUCUAUAGUGACAGAGAGAUUUUAAAAGCCCUGGUGAAGCAGGGCCCCCUCCUAAGUCAUGGUUAGCUUUUUGGAGCAUCCUGAAGGUUAACUGAGGCUGUGUUCUCACAACCUAGGCAAACUGCACCCAGGCAUUACUGUUAAGGACAGUGGAACCAGGAGUAGUCCCCUGCCUGUCUACCUUUUGUGGUGCUCUCCUUAGCUAAAAUAGUAAGAAGACUGCAAGGGGGGUGGUCAUGAUUUGGCUGAAUUCAGGAUUUGAAAAGGAAAUGGACUCCUGGGCUGUUGCCUCCUAUCCCAUUGCCCUGCCCUAUAACAGGAAUACUGAAUAACUUUAACAUGAUCAGAAAUGACCCUGAUUUGCCUUAAAUAUGGGAUGCCUUUGGCAUAAUUUCAUACCAUCCCCAUUUUCUCUUUUAAAAACUCCCACAAACUUUAAUCGGGAAGGGGACAAUAGAAAGUGGCUCUCCUCAUUUACUUUAGUUAUUUAAUUGACAACACUUCUGAAUUAUUAAAAUCCCCAAGUGGUUUAUAUUAAUGAGAAGUGAUGAGAGUCAGGGCUGAAAUUUGCUUAGGGUGGCCCCUGACCCUGCCCUCUUCCCUGGGCCCAAGUUUACCACAUGAGCCAAAGCUUUGAAAAAUGGCCUGACUAAUGAGGGAAUAAAAUGAAGCCGGGUUUUGCAAAUGGAAAUCCCAAAGUGAAGCUGUCGCAGGCCCCCUUAAGUCAGCUUGUAUUCAUCCCCUACAAAAAGCCUGCAGUUUGGGCUCCAGCCAUUCCUCCUCCGAUAGGGCACAGCUAGACACUUGCUGCAGCCCGUACUUGCAAGGGGCCCUUUGACCGCUCCCUCUUCUUCACCAUUGUCACCUGCUUGUCCAGCUCCGUCUUGACCCGGCUCAGACAGGAGUGGUGGGAUGGAGCAGUGGCAGGGGCCGCGGCCAACCUGCUCACCGGCUGUCCACCUGUCAAGCAGGCAGGUGGGAGCGACAAUGAGGAAGAGGAUGAGGAGGAACAGUGGCUGACGACAAGCUUGCUGCAAAGGCCGCUGAGGGUGUCUGGCCCAAAGGCCCGCAAAAACCUGGAGCUGACACCGGGGUACGGUUUCUCUAGUGGAUAAGGAGGGAUUCAGUGGCCAUAAUUAAACCCAAGUGAAACUUAAUUCAGCUUAGAGAAGCAGCCAGCCAUAGGAGAGUUACAUGAUCGAUGGCACAGCCUGUGCAUUUCCACUCCAUGUGCCAAUCUGCAGUGAAAAGACUGUGGAGGACCAGGCGGGGGUGGAAGCUACACUUUCACUGCUAUUUCUCUUGUUUUUACGAGCUUUUCUUCACAGGCUUGAAAUGUUAAGGCAGAACUCAUCAAAAUGAAGGAAAUUUGGAUGUGUGUUCCUGUGAAGUAAUUUUUAAAAUUGACAAAAGUAUCAGGCAACAAUACAUCCCCCCCCACACACAAACUGAUUGUUCAAACAAAGCCCUGAAAUACUUCCAGGUAACCUUCCUUAUCCCACUCCUAGGUCCUAAUCCUGAACUUCACCUCUGUGGUGCUCUUCCUUGCCCCAUCCGCUACAGUGUGAUAGUGUAAUCCUAAACUUGAUAUAUUUACCCAUACCUCAGCCCUAAUUACUUAUACCUCAUGCAUAGUUAGGGUGCCUGCUUCCACACAAUCCUGUGAAAUCCUGACCACCCCUUGCCCUCACCCCUUUGAGUCCUGUUGGCUUUGUUCCCCUCAGUGGCAUCUUUGCCUCGCUUCCUCUAACAUGGCUGCCCUUCUCACCCACUUGGCUGUUGGAAAUCAAACUCUGGAAGGGAGUGAUGACAGUGACAGAGGUGGCGCUAGACUCUGAGGAGAAAACAUUUCCCUUCUUCCAGAACACAGCAUGUCCAAAUGCAAACUUUUCCUUCUCUCUGGUGCAUGGACUCUUAUAUGAAUAGUCUACAAAUAUUUAUUUAUUUAUACGUAUUUUCCAUGUUUCCUUCCUGCUAACUGAGCAGCCUGCUGGCUGCAUCGGUUCUCCCAAGCUACUCCUGGCAGUCUCUUCCUGGCGGCUUUCAAACAGGUGCAGUCUAUUGAAGAUGGCAGUUCUCAGUUAAUCACAGUCGAUAUGCUUGGUUGUGAUUUUUACUUUAUUUUUGAAUGUGGGAAAGGCACCCUGUCUGUGUUGCGCGGCAAGUAUUUCAUUAGAUGGUAAGAUUGGGGCUUAUUUACACCAUGGUGGAAACUCAUAGAAAAUGAAGCCAUUGAUGUGACGUGGCCAAUUCUAGCCGUUUCCGUGAGAGGGUACCCUCAGUGGAGUUUAAGAUGUUCUCGAGGCAACUUUGCUAUGCUGCAAAGUAAUGAAUCCUGGCCUUAGCUGGCAUACGGAAGGUGGGGGAGUGGGGACGGGUGGGGAAGAAGGUACCAUUUUGCUCGCAAGACAUGUGAAGAAGCAAAGUGAACAAUUAAAAUGUCAUUCCCGUCUCACACACAAGACUUUUGGUGUGUCUGGGUCAGCAACAGUUCUUCUGCACCCUCUCAGAAGCUCUGGUAGGCUGCAAAUACGGAAGGUUUUUUGUCUCGGCAUGGCAGGCCAUGGCCUGCAGCUAGUACGGCCGAGGGACUAUGGCUUUGGUGUGCCAGACAGAGGGCUGCAGGAUCUGGGGCAUGGAUAUGGCCAAGGCGGUGCCUCGGUCCAUGCAGCCCACCUGGGCCAGCAGUGCAGCAGACGGGAGGGAGUGGGGCUGAGAGCAAGCGCAGGCUCCAGGCCGCGUGUGUCUCGUGACAUCCCCCCGUGGCCUGGGCUUGGAGCAGAAGCUGAUCGAAUCCAAAGCUCCUGGUUUGAGACAGAGGAGCAAGAUGCUUCGAAGGCCAGGAGGGUGCCGGGACAUUGUCCUGUCCUAAGCAUUUGUGUAGCUCUUCUCCUUCUGGUUUUCCCGAUCCUUCCAGCACAACAGUCUUCCGUCGGCUUCCUGCCUCGGUCUUUUUGCUCACCCCCAGCUUGGGAAUGACCAGACAUCUCUUCACAUUUUCACCCCUUUGGCUUGUGGUUCCCUGUAGCCAGUACCAUAGACGAAUGGAUUCACCUAUGCAUUUCACUAUAAAAGAUAUUUAUCCAAUCUA